UUUGACUCGAAACCUCCACCAUCUGCGGCACAGCUGUCCCUAUCCUCUCGUUCUCUCCCUACCUUCGACAUCUCCCUUAUUCGUUCGCUCCGUCAUGUCGAGCUUUUCAGCUCUAAUGGCCCUAAGUGCUACUCAAACGUCGAGUCAGCAAGCGACCGUUCAAAAGGCCCUUGAAGAACGUCAGAGGAAGGAACGAGAGCAGAGAAAGAAAGCGGAAGAGAAGGACAGGAAGCAGAAGGAACUUGACCAGAAAUUGCGUCUAAAGUAUUUCGAGAAUGAGAAGAAGGAAGAGGAGAGACGGAAGAAGAGAGAGGAGGAGGAGAAGGAGCGGGAGGCGGCACGUCAGCGAAGGGCAGAGGCGCAGAAAAAUGCUCUGUUGUACGGUCCGAAGAAGGGUGGCAGUAAAAGUUCUGGAGCCUCUGCACAUUCACAGCCUCGGGAGGGUGGUGCUAGACGAAAGCGUUUGUCGGACGAUGAAGAUGAAAUAUCUUCCGGUGUAGCUCUCACGCGGGAAGAGCUUCGGGAGAAGAAACUCCAAGCUACACUGAAGAAGAGUAUGGGUUCGACCAAUCGGUCGACGAUAUCUCGUCAAUAUCAGAAGCCUGGGGCACGGCUGAAGGGAGGUGCUGUAGAUUUACCAACCUCUUCACAAGAGGUUGGGUCUAGCUCCGGAAUGUCGGUCAAGGAGCGGUUGGCUGCAAUGCCCAAUACUUUGACAAAACUCAACGCUAACAAGCGAGAUACUCGUACUAUUGACGAGAUUGUCCAAGAUAUAGCUAGAGCAAAGGAACUCAAGACACUUGACGGAGACGAGGCGAAGGGGUUCAAUGAUUGGUUUGGGGAUGGCAAAAAAGAGAAGACAAAUUCUCGUCCUACAUCUGCGGCUCCUACCUCUAGAGCGGACACACCCUUGUCUUCCUCGUCGCCGGUAGCGUGUGAGUUCUUGUUCCUGACGCACACUUUUCGAUUGGUUAUGCCGCCAUUUUUGAUAUCUUUUUUGAUAUUACAGUGGGAGGUGCUAAUUCUGUCAAACAUUCGGCAGCAUCUAACGUGAAACACGUUACAUCUGUCGUCAAAACUCCUUUGACCAAAUCCGCUAUGGCGAAGACCAUUUCUAGGUCGACUUCAUUGGAAAGGGAAAGGUUCACGACGUCUAAAGUUUCAUCUAAAUCCUCCACGACACUUUUAAGUCAGCGUUCAUCUGCGCCCGCGCCUUCGUUCAAGAAGAAACGGCCCCGUUCUCCCACUCCUGAGAGGUAUCCUGUUAAACGCCGUCACUCUCCUCAGGCAUCUUCACGCCAUAAACGACGUGAUUUGUCCGAAGAGUUGGAUGAUGUGAACGUUAGCAAUAUGAUCUGGCAGAUUAUGGGGAAGAAGAGGAGUGACUAUGUCCGAAAUGAUGGCAUCUUUAGCGAUGAAGAGGACAUGGAGGCUGGUGCGAGCGAUCUUGAGAGGGAGGAGUAUAGAAGCGCUCGUAUUGCUAAACGCGAAGAUCUGUUGGAGCAAGAAGCUGAACGACGUCGUGAAGAAGAGAAAAGACGUCGGAAGAAGGAACGUGAACGUGGCUAUUAAUGGUGGUUUCGUUAUGCUGUCAUUUUACGAUGCUUCUGCUUUUCUUUUCUUCCUCCACAGCUCCUUUCUCUCUCAAGUGUUACCUGACGGACAACUAUACAUGAUCUAAAGACCUCGUGUUUCGAGUCGUACGUUUUUUUCCGUUAGUGUUCUCGGCAUCUCAAUACGAGGGUAGAACUAUUAUUGUUUUGCGUUGAAAUCACUCUUUUCCGUUAUGUACUCUAGACAUGUCAUCUGGGUUUCCAUUUCCAAUCAUACUAUCUAAGGAUGUACUUUUUGUAUCCUCGACCUUGGAUUUACGUUCGCAUUUGCACUUUAUUAAGCUUCUUUACUUAUUCGCACUGUAAUUCUUAUUCACGAUCCCCUAUCCACC